AUGUUCGCACUACAUGAACAAUUGAAGUUCAGCAUGUAUAAUGACAGGCCUGAAAACGCAGCUGAAAUGAACAAAUUGAUUGUGUCAUUUUGCAAUGUAGGGAUCAUAUCUAUGAAGGAGAUAGCAGCGAUUCCAUUGAUCGUCGAUAUCAAGUGCAUCAAGAAUGUGAACUCGCUCACAAAGGAUUUCUUGGACCCAGGGGAGGUAACUGAGCUCGAGAUGCUCGACGACGAAUCUAUCAUUGUCGCAUCAGGACAACACAGACUCAUUGCAUUGGUAAAAUAUCAACAGAGUGUCGAGGAUGAGUUGGCCUCAUUGACGAAGAAACAUGACAAAAUAAGAGACAUGGGCACACUCACUGAAGAUCACCUUGAAAUGUACAACACAUUACAGGACAUCAUGGGCAACCACAUGGAACUAUUGGAAACCAUGGGAAAGUAG